GGCCAAGCUGCUCUUUCUCUAUCUGUCUGUCUGUCCGUCCGUCUCUGCUUCUCUGACACAAAGCUAACGGGAGGCUAGCUUGACAACAGCACCACGUAACAACGUCGAAGUCUCGGUCAGCCUAAUGACAGAACACGCCUGUGUUUCUUCUUAUAUCGUCAGCGUCCUCUACAAAUCCCCCUCUUCUUUUCCUCUCCACUAACGGUUCAUGUCAUGCGUUCAUGAUCAGGAUCGUCUCUGCAACACACCGAGGAGCUAACGUUAACAUUCCACUGAGGGCUGAGAUAAUGACGAUGAUUGUGCCAGGACACCGACCUCAGAAGCCACAGAAGCAACCCCCAAUGCAGCAGGCAGUUCAAAAAUUACUGUGCCUCAUCAUAUGAUCCAUCUUCCCUGUUGAACCUUGACAAAUCGCCUACUGUCCAUCCCCCAAAAAGAGUUGUUUCCUGGUGGCGGAUGUCUCGACGCCUCCCUCUGAGGUCGGAGGCCAGUUGGCAUUGGGAGGUAGGUCCGCAGCAGCAGUGAUGCGGGCCUCAGUGGCAGGUUGCAGGAUGAGCGUGGGAGCACUCCUCAAUGGGCUGCUGGUCUCUGUAGUUGCAGCUCUGCUUUGGAAGUAUUCCAAGCUCAGUGAGCACGCUGCCCUGCUGGAGGAAGAGCUGCAUAUGACACGACAGUCCCAGGAGCUCUCACAGGCCCGCAUCGACUACCAUGUUGCCCUGCAGGCUCUUCAGGAACACGGCACCCGCAUGGUCUGCACUGGCAAGAUGCACACCGACCGUAUCUGCCGCUUUGACUACCUCUGCUACUGCUCCGAGGCAGAGGAGUUUGUGUUCUUUCACUCCAAUUCCUCUGUCAUGUUGCCAAACCUGGGUUCAAGGCGCUUCCAACCUGCCCUGCUGGACUUGUCCUCAGUAGAGGAUCACAACACUCAGUACUUCAACUUUUUAGAGCUCCCUGUUGCUGCAUUAAAGUUUAUGCCUAAGCCUGUGUUUGUACCAGAUGUGACACUGAUCCUAAACCGGUUUAAUCCAGACAACCUAAUGCAUGUGUUUCAUGAUGACCUGAUCCCGGCCUUCUACACUAUGAAACAGUAUUCAGACUUAGAUGAUGAGGCACGUUUAGUUUUUAUGGAGGGCUGGGGUGAAGGCCCACACUUUGACCUCUACCGACUUCUCAGCAGCAAGCAGCCACUACUUAAAGAUCAGCUUAGGAACUUUGGCAAGCUCAUGUGUUUUACAAAAUCUUAUGUUGGCUUGUCCAAGAUGACAACCUGGUACCAGUACGGUUUUGUUCAACCACAGGGGCCCAAAGCCAACAUGUUGGUCUCAGGACAUGAGAUCCGGCAGUUUGCCAGGGCUCUGAUGGAGAAAAUGAACAUCACAAGGGUGGAGGAGGUGGAGAGGGAUGGAGGGAGUGCUGAAGAUGAGAAAGAGAAAAAGGAUGAAUACAUUGUUGUGUUCAGUCGUUCAACAACAAGGCUGAUACUGAAUGAAGCAGAGCUAAUCAUGGUGCUGGCCCAGGAGUUCCAGAUGAGAGUGGUCACAGUGUCCCUGGAAGAACAGUCUUUCCCCAGUAUUGUCCAGGUGAUCAGUGGUGCUUCUGUGUUAGUCAGUAUGCAUGGAGCUCAGCUUAUCACCUCACUCUUCCUCCCCAGAGGAGCUGUUGUGGUGGAGCUAUUCCCCUUUGCUGUGAACCCAGAGCAGUACACCCCAUAUAAAACCCUUGCCACCCUUCCAGGCAUGGACCUUCACUAUAUCUCCUGGAGGAACACUAAGGAGGAGAACACCAUCACCCACCCAGACAGACCCUGGGAACAAGGGGGCAUUGCUCACCUGGAGAAGGAGGAGCAAGAGCGAAUUCUAGCGAGCAAAGAUGUCCCCAGGCACCUGUGCUGCCGCAACCCAGAGUGGCUCUUCCGAAUCUACCAGGACACUUUGGUGGACAUCCCUUCUUUCCUGGAAGUCCUUAAAGAGGGCGUGAAGAUGAAGUCCAGCAUAAAGAAAUCAAAGCCAGCUAGCACAGUCCACCCGGGCCGCGUCAGAGAACCCCAGUGUCAAACCUCAGUACAAACCACUAACGAGGCCAAGCUCACUGUCUCCUGGCAGAUUCCGUGGAAUCUGAAAUACCUGAAGGUGAGAGAGGUGAAGUACGAGGUGUGGAUCCAGGAGCAGGGAGAGAACACCUACAUGCCUUAUAUCCUUCCCCAGCAGAACUACACAUUUUCAGAGAACAUUAAGCCCUUCACCACCUACCUGGUGUGGGUCAGGUGUAUUUUCAACAAGAACCUCUUGGGCCCCUUUGCGGAUGUUCUUAUGUGCAGGACCUAGAACAAACAUCUUGCCAGUUCGUUGCUGUGGAAUUUUUCACAAAGGUUGAGUCAUGCUUGCACAAUAUGAAAACAGGCAGCUGAACUCUUGGACAGUAUUGUGUCCUCAGCAAGCGCAGGCAACAUAGGAACUUCUGGAAGAACUGUUAAAGAUUUGAAGCACAGGGUCAGAACUCAAUGGCAACAGCCAUUAAUCAAAGGAAAAUAUAUUUCCUGUACCUAUGAAAGAAAGAACACUGUCUCUACUGAAAACACCAGAAUUCAAAUUAUGAGAUUUAUAUAUGUGCAAAUAAUAUAUAACGUGAUUUUUAGUAUUAGUCAAAACACUGGUUCUUUACCUUUUACAGUAUGCAAUAUAGCUUUUCUGUGGAGAGCAAGAAAGAUUUUAGAACAGCAGAUUUUUAAUGUUUUCUGAUUUGUCCAAUGUCUACUGUGUGUGUGAUACCUGUGUGGCUUAGUUUUCCUUCCAAUUGUAUAAUUACAAACACCAUUAUUUACAGAACCUAGCCAAAACCACAACAGCAUUUUCUGUCACUCAUGCCAUAUUAAGCCCCAUUUCCACCAAGCAGUCUGGUAUGGUUCAGUUCAGUUCAGUACACAUGUUUUCUGUUUCCCCUGUGAAAAGUUGUGGAUGGUACCAAUGGGACCAUUCCAUACGGUCUCCAUUUUUGGUCACCCCUCUGUUGGGGCACCUAGCACACUGAUCUGGUACUAAAAGGUGGAGCUAGAAACACUGCAGAGGAUGGUCACUCUUGCUCAGGGCUGAGUGGUGACUGGUUUUGAAGCUGUUCAUACUGUGGAAAGUUUUACGUGUAUUAGUAAACUGUAACUCUAAAGUGAAAGGAUGUUCUGCUGCCUCUGGCAGCAGCUGUAGAAAAAAAUAACUUAAUUCACAGGGCUGACUGCUGGCAACUUUUAAGGUGGAACAUUUAGGCCUACUUGUAAUGUUAUUCAAUGCAUGAGUCGACGUGAAUCCAUCAACACAACUUAAAUCUCAAUAUGACAACUUUGACCAUUCUAUUAGUUUUUAUUGUCUCUCUUUGAUGACAUACACUUUUAAUCCCGAGUAAAUCUUCAAGUAUUUAAAAAUAUAUUUUUAUGUCAAUGGGAUAUGUGACCUGCAUAUAUUUAAUACUCACUUGGAGAAAAAAAAAAAGCGCUGCAAAGCAUUGUUCCUCUGGGCUAUGGCCCAGAGGAACAAGAGGAACAAAGAGGCAAGCACCCCUGUGCUUGCCUGAGGACUAAAUACACAAACCUGCUUUUUUAAAUAUCCCAUGGAGAGAGACUCUCACUGCAGCCUGUUCUAUUUUGUUCUGAAAAUGUUGGUGUGCAACCUCAUUCUGUGGACGAUAAAUAAAUGCAGACUUCCAUCUGUGUCACCAGUGAUGAGGAAAUACAGUGAGUGCUGGAUGGAGCAGUGAGUGUCAAAAACCUCGCCCACAUUCAAGAGUACUGUUUGAGGUCGAAACACUUCACGGACCUAGGGUCUAGGUAACAUGUCUGUGUUACUUUUGGUUCCCACGGUACCAUGCUGAAAGUGUUUGGUGGAAACAGGGCUUUACUUUACUAUGCUCGAGUACUCUUUGACCUAAUUGAUUUAUACAGCUUUAAACCUUGACUCAGAAGAUAUUGUCAAGGAUUUGUGUAAAAGAAGUAUCAAGCAAAGGUUUUCAUGAAGGCCACUGUAAUUAAUGUUUUGACCCUAAAAGCAAAGAUAUGUGCAAUUUUAAUGUCAUGGAGCCUUGUUUGAAUUCUUUAAUAGCACCAUUAUCAGAUUGUGUCCUUACACGAAAUAAAUGUAACAACACGUGUUUGUGUUUCCCCAGCCACAAGUCAUUUACAUCCGUUUUACUGCAUAAAUAAAUAAUAUUCUCCAACUGGAACCAAUUACAACUACAGUAAUUAGAAUUUCUGUGCAGAGGGAAUCUUUUCUGUCAGGCUAUAAUCAGUGUAGCAGCAGUAUGCUGUUGGACAGCUGGAUUUUACUGCAUUUUCAUCAAGAUAACAAGGAAUGUUAUUACCCUAUUUAAACCUCUGUUAAUUAAAAUUACAUUCCCAGCUACAUGUCUCUCAACUUGUCUCAAAGAAUGUUGAAUUCCAGAUUGAAACAACAGACAUCUAAAGCUGGCUGCUGAUUUUUUUUUCUCAUAACAUUUUUUGAAUAAAGUGCUGCUCAUUGGUAGCUAGACUGCAAAAAUGUAUUAGUUUGUAAAACACUUGAACUGGAGGCGUUAGUUUGUAGUAGUGGAGCAAGACAUGGUUUAUGGAAUGGCACAAAUGAAACAAAACACUGCCAGCAACAUAUUUUGUGAUAUUGUGCCAUUGUUAUGACAAUGUCAUGGACUUUCUACAGUGUACUAUGAGCAAUCCUCUAAACAUGAUAUUGCCUCUUUGUAAUGUUUGACUGCUGGCCACUAUGAAGAUCAUUUCCUCAUCCCUCUCAUAUUCCUUUCUUCAGCUAUUCACUUAACUGAUAUUUUUUUUCUCAGAGGCAGUUUUGUUUUUCAGUGCACGUUUAAGAGAUUAUUUGAAACCAUUGUUGUUUGUGCAGGAUGUGAUGGUUUCAGUAUAAAUGUGUUUGUAUUGUUAGAUUUGUGUGUGCCCCUGUCCCACCUCAGUGAAGACAUCAUACUGUACAUGCUAUGUGAAAUGAGAGAGUACAAGUCUCUGUUUUCUACUUUAGCAAAUCACUGGAGUUUCUUUUUCAGUAACUGUGAUUGAAUAAAGAAGCUGAUUUCUUACAAUAGCUGUUUUGUUUCAGCAGUUUCUAUCACUAAAACAAUUUGAACAAUGCUCGCUUAACCCAAGACAAUAUAUUCAGUGGAAGAAAAAGGGCAAAUAAAAAUAAAUAAGCUGUUUAUAUUUUUUGUUUCCAGCAAAUGUGUCAGUUGGAAGAAAAAAACAUUUCUUGUAUUAUUAUUUAAACCCUUUGAACUCCACAGAUGCGGUCCAUCGGUGCAUAUGUUGGUAGUUUUGCUUAUUGUGAUGUCAUUUCUUGGAGUAUAUUUAAAUGUCUCUAAAGUCUGUACAACAUAAGCUAAAAGAUUAUGUAAGUCAAUAAACCAUAAUAAUAAACGUUUUGAAAUUAUGUAAUGAAUUAAAAAAAUUGACAUGUUUUUUGAUCAAUUUAAAAAGAGUACAUAUCAAUCAAUCAAUCAAUCAAUCAAUCAAUUUUAUUUAUAAAGCCCAAUAUCACAAAUCACAAUUUGCCUCACA